ACCAUGACGUCAUAUUCACGCGACAAAGACUCGCAAGCUAGAAGGUGUCCCGAAACGAAUGCUCACUUGCUAACAGUUUUAGAUGAGUUAACUUUGAAUUGUCCUCUUUCGUGAUAAUCAUAUUUAGAUUUGCAUGGGUACGAAGAGCCUUAAAAUCAUUACAGUUGAAAAAUACAUGUAAUACUCGCAAAAUGUUAGUCUGGUAAAAGUGUAAACACAAGGAUUGCGUGGAACUGAUCAUCCUUAAAUCAUGUCGGACGAAGCGUUUUCUGAUAUCAACGGCAAUCGGAUCUCGCUGGAUUGUCAGCGCCACUCCGACUUUUGCGGAGAGUUUACGGUGAGCUCCCCCAAGCUGUCUUUUCUGAAGGUGACAGGCUGCACCUGCGCUCUCUGGCUUUGUGCCUACACCAUUUUUUUUUUCACGGAGGUUACUGAAGUCCUAUCAGUGGCUAUAAUGUUAUCUCUUGUUGGGAUGAUGGGUCAUCUUCAUUUUUUGAAGAUAGACCAUGAGUCAUUGUUGGUUAUUGGUUCCCUUGGAAUACAGAUGACUUCCUCCUAUGCAUCAGGGAGAGAAAGCACUACUUUUAUUGAAAUGAGCAAAGUGAAGGAUGUUGUAAUCAAUGAAGCCAUCUAUAUGCAGAGAGUGAUUUAUUACCUUUGUAUAUUGUUAAAGGAGCCUUUACAUCCUAAUGAAGUCGGCGACAUUGUGCCUGUGUUUCAGAGCUGUAAACCACGACUGAAUUGUUUGAUCGAGAUAUAUAAGCAAUGUCAAGAAAUCCUAGCACAAAGUUGAUGAACAUCAGUGUGUAAGUAAGCUAAACAUGAGUAAAUAUUCAAUGCAGUCCUGAUUAUUGCAGUGCCUUGUGGAGACUGUGACGAUCCCUUAUUGCGUAGAAGCCAAGGAUCUGCCGACUUAAUUUGGGGUGCAACUCUCAUCUGCCAAAAAUCUGCAAGUGUAAAGGGAAUGUUUUUUCCUUCACAACCAGGAGUAAGCCCAGAUGGGAGUGUAAUGAAAUAUGACUUUACUGGUAAUAAUCCAACUUUAAACCACAAGGUGACCUGGCAAAGGUGGACCUUCUUGUCAUCCCAGCUCAUCUGUCUAUUCAGUCCAUCACCCUGGUGCUCAUUAUCACAAAUACCCACCAAGUCUGUUCAUAACCUUGGGGUGGUGAUCAAUAACCAACUGUCGUUCACUGAAUUUGUUGUAAUGGUCUUUGCACCUUGCAGAUUCUUUCCGUACAACAUUUGCAAAAUCAGACCAUAUCUGACAUAGUAAGCAGCACAACGCCUUGCCUUGGCUUUAGUCUUGUCAUGUCUACACUACUACAGAUCUUUUCUGGUAGGAGUACCUGUAUGCGUCACCAUGCUACUGCAGAUGAUUCGAAAUGCAAUGGCACGUGUGGUGUUCAGCCAACCUAGGCAUGCACGUGUCACACCUCUUUUAGAUCACUGCAUUGGCUCCCUGUAGCAGGACAUAUUGCGUUCAAAACCUUAGUCCUUACCUACAGACUAGUCAACAGGUCAGCACCUACAGCAAAUAUAUGGAGACAUUUGUGAGGUGCUGUGCUCCUUCUCAGCCACUCGGGUCUGCUGAUGAACGGCAUCUGGUGAUGCUACCUCUGCGUGGCACCAAAUCUCAACCCAGACUCGUGUAGCUGAAUGAGCUGCCUCAUCCAUUCGAAAUUCUGACUCCCUCUGUGUGUUGAAGAAGCAUUGGAAUUCUCUCUUGUAUGGUAAAUUUCUGUUUAUCUGAUAUUAGCCUUUAUGGUUUUUGUAAGUUAGGAAUUGUAACUCACUUGUAUUUUAUUUGAGCUCUUCAUUUAUAAUGAUCAAUUCUGUAACCACUCUUGUAACACUUCCCCCAGACUAAUUUUCACUUGAUUAUGUUGACCUUUGUAAAUCACUUUGGAUAAAAGUAUCUGCUAAGCAAAUAAAUGUAAAUGCAAAUUGACUUUGAUUCAGUUUCUUGAAGGUUUCAAAUGUUUGGCCAAUGGCUGUAAAAUGUAUAGUUGAGGAAAGAAAAGAAAAAGUCUUGCUGCCGUUAAGAAGUUGGUGUAAAGUUUUAAUGAUUCUGUAUUGCUGCUAGGCACUUUCAGCUCUGUAGAUACCUGUUUAAAAAAAAUGGUAUCAUUAUAAGAAAAAAAUAAUCCCAGCGUUGGCUACUUAAACAUUUUUUCUAUCGUUCUUUUUCAUUUGUGAAGCAUAACUAAACAUUCAUGUCUCUUUUCCACUAGGACUUGUGACUUUCUCAGCACAUUCAUUAUAAGAGAGGAGCUCAUUCUGGAUGGGAUUCCAAGGCAGUUAACCAGAGAAAUGAUUGUCCAUUGAAUGUUAAACCAUAGAUGGCUGCCCAUUCGUGUAUUAAAGCUAUCCACUUUAUCAUUUAUUAGUUUUUCAUUAAUUAUGCCAGGGAACACAUAAGUUCUGCAAAUUAUUGAUACAAUUUUUGAUUGUUUUAGCUUCUGCUAACUGAACCUUACGGACUUUGCCUUUCAAAUUUUAGAGAUUUUCAAAGUGCCUCAUUAACAAUCUGCUUGGCUUAUAGUGUGUGUUCUAUGGAAAUGUCAGCUGGAGAAGCUAAAUCCUCAUAAGUGCUAUAGCUGUAACUGUGAGGCAGGUUUCAAUGAUAAAAAUAAUGCAAUUAUCUAGACUUGCUUUAUUUUAUAAUAAGUGGAUGUUUCACAGAAAAUAUAUAUGAUUAUGUGAUUUUAAAAAAACUAGCUGUGUAUCUAACUGUUUUUAUAUAUAAUGCAUUUUUUCAACACAUAUGCCUAAUGGAAGACUAGAUUUUAAUUCA